CUACGUCUUCUCCAAGCUCGAUCAACGAACGGUACUUUUACAACACGCGAUGUGGUGGCCAACUUUCUCCACGUUCUGUCUCGAGUCCGGAGCACCGAGAGAGCACCAAGAUACGCUCCCCGCAUUAUCUGGCGAGGAAGAUGGUACGGCAACGAUGGAGCGAAUAAUACAAUCACGGCAACCGACGACACCGCAGCCCGAAAUUCAAACAAAACCCGCUCGAAUCUACCGCUAGAACACGGUCCAUUACCGGCUGGUGACCUAUUUUGAUUAUUGAUGCGCUUUAAUUAUACACUCCACUGCCAAAGACACUGCCUGUAGGAGGUAGGUUCCGAACGACACGCAGGAAAUUAAAGCAAGCAACCAGAACGAGAAAACUGUGUAAUGUCACACACGAGAUGGGAUGAAAUGAGCCUCUCAAGAACUGGAGUUGUUGUGUGCUCUCCUGCUGAGAUGUUGGUCCCCCCAAAAAACCGAAAUAAAGAUCCAAAACUUCCAUCCAGGUACUCCGCGCGGACCGGUCGGUCUUCCGGUGUCAUUUCAGCUCGUGCUCUGAUGUCAUCCAAUGGAACGUAGCCGCUUCGAAAAAACGUUUGCUCCCAUUAGAAUCUCCUCCAGUGCGUCAUUUGUUUGGCUAAGUUAUUGGAACCGAAAAACCGAUGCCAUUUCAUCGUUUGGCGCUCUUCUUGGGGAGAGUCUCGAAUUUGGAGCCGUUUAUUUUGGUUGGGUGCUUCCACUGUGGCAGCAUACUAGAGAUCCGCCUAAUAGGUCCCGCCACCGUGCCGCCGGUUUUACCAUAUUGGGAACUUAUUGCUUCGCUUCCAGCGCAAACCGCGAACUCCAAAAACUCGAAAGAGACGCUCACCCCAGAUAACUAUAUAUCGUUCGCGGGAGAUCUGCGAGACCGGGAGGCGAUCGGUAUCUUCAUGGCGAUCGGCCGGGAUGAUAAAAUCUUAUUAGCAUCGCUUUAUUUGUUUCAUCGCUCCAAUUGGUGGCAGCGAACGACGAAUGCGACUAUUAAGCGGGGAACGAAGUAUUCCAGUUUUUUGUGCUAUGUGUUGCGCUUCUAAGGCGUGUGGGAUUGAGUGCAUGAUCAUAAUACGGCUGCCAUAAUCUGCAUUUCACGUUUCAUCCAGCAAAGCAAAACAGAAAAAGAAACUAACCUUUUUGUAAUAAAAUCUCAUCAAUCAACUGCAGAAACGGACGAUGGGCGAUAUAAAUAAAACGACCGACUGCCCUGCUACGCUUCGAAAGCCUACAGCCAGCCCAAAUGUGUGGCGAUAUUUGCACAGUUGGCACCGCGUUUCACGCGCCCAUUCUUCGCAACUGACUGGUUAUCGAUCCAGACAUUCGCGAUUCACAGAAUAGCGUUUGUACACAAACCGUCUCCCGUACUGCGACGCGUACAUUGCACAUUGGGAUGGGGCACUGGCUCUUAAAAAACGUCCAUUUCCUUUAGUACAUGCCACUGCUCCGCACACACAACAUGCUGCAUCCUCGCAGGUCCUGCGCUUUCAAAGCGAUCCUUUUCUGCUGGCUGUUUCUCGGUGUCGGGCGAGCGGACCCCCUACCGGACUUUGCCAUCAAUGCCGUGAUAUCGGGCAGCAGCACCGUUUCGUCGAUUGCGCUCGAAACGAAAGCCUUUUUUGUGGAUGUGGCCGGCCCGACGGUACUGCUGCAGUCAGGCUACACCCGUAUCGAACGCGCCCUGGCAGCACUGACCAGCAUCGCCGGGCAGCUGUCGACGACCGGCGUUACCCUUACGCAGGCAAUAUCCACCAUGUCGCUCAACAAAAACGGCCCCAUCGCAACCUAUUUCGAUCCGAUCAGCGCGGCGAUCACGAAGCUGCAACGGCUCAUCACCACCGAUCUGACCGGGCAGCUGACCAACCUUACCGCCGAGAUCGACCACUACGUGAAGGACAAUUUUUUGGACAGCUUCAAAGCGCUGGGACCGACGCUGGUCACACUGUCGCAAGCGGUGACCAACCUGCGGACGGCCGUCACCAGUGCCCGGGCCGCCUCCGGUACCGCCGUGACCGUGUCGCCCAAUGACGUGAAGAAGUUCGUUACGACGCGCGUCAUAUCCGACAUCACCAACGGCGUCCGGUUGCUGCGCACGAACGUGCCGAUUCUGGUGUACAUCGUCAAGUCCACGCUCAGCUCGUUCCAGUCGGCGGACCAGUACCUGGUCGGGCUGGUCCAGGAGGCGAUGCAGCGCGAACAGGACGUGAUCGCGCUCGGCGUCAGCAACACGGCCGAUGUGAACGCUUCCGUCACGACGGUGACGCAAAGCUUGACCACCGAACUGAACGGCCCGUACAGCAGGCUUACCCAGCUGUACCGGACCAAGCUGCAGGUGACCGUGGAAGCGAAUGCCACCUUCAAAGCCAUGGUCGAUGGAUGGCUGAACGAUACGGCACCGCUGUUCGAUAAUGUGGAUAUUGGUGGCAAGCUCGAAACCAUCUACUCCACGUACGUCCAGCAAGUGCUGGCGCUCGACGACGAUCUGGCCGCCUUUUACGGCUCCAGCAUGUGCAGUCUGGUGUACCAUCUGCUGCAAUCGCUCAUCGAAAACGGUCCCUACGCACAGUUCUGCUUCAGCAAGUACGGCCAAAAGGUGUUCAACUUUUUCGUCCUGCACGCUACCGACGUCGAGGACUGCUAUCGGUUGCAGAUGACCCGGCUGGAUAAGCUGGUGCCCGCGCUGCUCAACAUCGUCAAGCUGAUGGUGCACGACAUUGACGAUUUUGCCGUGCAUGUCGAGCGCUGCACUCAGUUCAAGAACCUGCAGAACUGUGUCCCCUACCUGGGAGCGGAGUACAAAACGCUCCUCGGAUACACGGCCAAAAAGCGGGACUACCUGUACCGGCUGGCGACGAAGGAAACCAACGGCAGCUACUAUCGGCUGGCUGGAUGCUACCACAAUGGCGAGCAUAUUAUGCUGCUCAAUGCCGAGGAGAUGAAGAUCGAAAUCGAUAAAUGUAAACUUAAUGGACCGACAGUUGUGUAGAGGUAGUAACAUUAAAAUUGACAUGCAAAAACAAACAUCUUUCAACUUCCAACAUUAUUUCUUUGGAAAGAUAGACUUUUCUUCUAUUUUUUUUAC